UGUUAUGAUUAUUGCUUCAGGCGUAACACUUUAAACUGUAAGCGCAACACUUUAAACUGUAAUUAAAAAUGGUCAGAUCACGCUUCUGAAUAUAAAUGAAUGGAUAAUCCAUAAACAAGGUUGUGUGUCAUAUAUUCAAUUCGUCAGAAAGAACUCCAAUGGCUUCCCAUCAAUGGCUCCGAGACAGCUUCCAUCCCUCCUUGCUAUUUGCAUCCAUCUUCCUUCUAGUCCUACUGAAAUUUCUAUUGAACGGAAAGUCGAGCAAAAGAAAACCCAAUCUUCCGCCAAGCCCUCCAAAGUUACCAAUCAUUGGCAACCUACACCAGCUAGGUAGCAUGCCACACCUGUCUCUCCAACGCCUAGCUCAGAAGUUUGGUCCAAUUCUUUACUUACAACUAGGUGAGGUCCCAACUGUGGUGAUUUCAUCAGCUAGAAUGGCAAAGGAAGUGAUGAAAACUCACGACCUUGCACUUUCAAGCCGCCCCCAAAUCUUUUCAGCGAAACAUCUGUUCUAUGAUUGCACUGAUAUUGCCUUCUCCCCUUAUGGUGCUUACUGGAGGCAUAUUCGGAAAAUAUGUAUUCUUGAACUACUAAGUGCUAAACGGGUUCAAUCAUUUAGCUUUGUCAGAGAUGAAGAGGUUGCCCGUUUGAUACGUAGAAUUGCAGAGUCUUAUCCAAGCACCACAAAUCUAAGCAAGAUGCUAGGCUUAUAUGCAAAUGAUGUUCUCUGUCGAGUUGCAUUUGGAAGAGAUUUCUCACAAGGAGGAGAAUACGAUCGGCAUGGAUUCCAAAAGAUGCUUGAAGAGUAUCAAGAGUUACUUGGAGGGUUUAGCACAGGAGAUUUCUUCCCUUCCAUGGAGUUCAUACACAACAUAACGGGUAUGAAAUCAAGACUCAAGCACACAUUCCGACGAUUUGAUCAGUUUUUUGAUGAGGUAAUCAAUGAACAUCUUAAUCCUGAGAUACAGAAAGAGGAGCGCAGCAAGGACCUUGUGGAUGUUUUGCUCGAGAUACAGAAAAGUGGAUCUAACGAAAUUCCUCUCACCAUGGACAACGUUAAAGCCAUCAUCUUGGACAUGUUUGCUGCAGGAACUGACACGACAUUCAUAACUCUUGAUUGGGGAAUGACAGAGCUUAUUAUGAAUUCAAAGGUCUUGGAAAGAGCUCGAGCUGAAGUCCGAAAAGUUGUAGGAGAGAGAAGAGUGGUCUUAGAAAGUGAUCUGCCUCAGCUUGAUUACAUGAAAGCUGUCCUCAAAGAGAUCUUCCGCUUGCAUCCUCCAGCUCCGGUCUUAGUCCCCAGAGAAUCCAUGGAAGAUAUUAUAAUCAAUGGGUUUGAUAUUCCGGCCAAAACACGGGUUUUUGUCAAUGCCUGGGCAAUAGGGAGAGAUCCAGAGUCAUGGGAAAAUCCUGAGUCAUUUGAACCAGAAAGGUUUCUAGAUAGUCCAAUCGACUUCAAAGGGCAAGAUUUUGAAUUGAUACCAUUUGGAGCUGGUAGAAGAAGUUGUCCAGCAAUAACACUUAGCACAGCAAGUGUGGAGCUUGCACUGGCUCAGCUUGUCUAUAGUUUUGAUUGGGAACUUCCCCCAGGUACUGAAGCUAAAGAUUUGGAUCUGACAGAAACUUUUGGCAUCACAAUGCACAGGAUAACUGAUCUGAUGGUUAUUGCUAAACCGCAUUUUCCUUAAGGCAGGGCAUCAUUGAGAAAGAUAGUAAAAUAACUAGAUAAUAGCCCAAGCUUGAAGGGAAGGGUGGAAUAAGCUGUUAUCUGAUUCUAAAAUAUCAUGCUUGACUGUUCUGCAAAAUACAUUAAAGCAAUAUGCCAAUGUAAUACUUCCAACAUGGUAUUUCAUAGGAAAUAAAGACCACAGAUAAAAAUAUAUACAUAACAUAUUAUGUU